AUCAAGGCUGCAGCUACGAAUCUGGGCCUGAAUCCAAACGAUUACUCGACGCACUCUCUUCGGAUUGGUGGGGCAUGUGCUCUAUUGGCUGCCGGGAAAAGCGCGUUAGUCAUUAGUCGGAUGGGACGUUGGGCAAGUUGGUGCUUUACGGUC